AAGGUAGUGCACUCAAUUUACGUUUCAUCAUAUCUAUGUUAUUAUUAUUAUGAAGAGCGACAAAAAGUUAAUUUAGAGCAGAUGUUGGCGAUAAUUAUUUGACAAAUACUUGUAUAGGUGAUCUUGUUAGGGUGAAAGUAAUAUUCUACAUACUCUGUCGUGAAUAAAAUUAUAUUAAAACUUACGUUCUUCCCAAGGUCUUGUUUGUUCUGCUAUCUAAAGCGAGGUGUAAAAUCGCAUUGCAAAUGAUGUUGACAAAUCAAUUGGGAAUUUUUAAAUUGUGAUUUUAAUCAAAGAAAAAUAAAUAAAAAUGUCUGCUCAGGGUGUAAAUACUGUCACAAACGCACCCCCUUCUGUUCAAGAGUUCAGCAUCAGAGUUCCCAAGAAUGUGAAGAAAAAGUAUCAGGUGAUGAGGUUCACCUCAUCAGUGAACAUGGACUUCAGCAAGUGGUCCCAGGUGAAGAUAGAGCGGGAAAACAACAUGAGGGAAUUCAAAGGCAAUGAAGAGGAAAUUCCCAAGUUCGGAGCGGGGAGUGAGUUUGGACGGGAUGCUCGUGAAGAGGCUCGCAGGAAGAAGUACGGCAUUGUGAGCAAGAAGUACCGGCCGGAGGACCAGCCGUGGAUCCUCAAGGUCGGCGGAAAAACUGGCAAAAAGUUCCGUGGCAUACGGGAGGGUGGCGUGGCGGAGAAUGCUGCCUACUACGUAUUCACUCAUUCCCCGGACGGAGGAAUCGAUGCUUUCCCGCUGACCGAGUGGUACAACUUCCAGCCCAUCCAGAGAUACAAAGCUCUGACCGCAGAGGAAGCAGAGGAAGAAUUUGGACGCCGUAACAAGAACUGGAACCUAUUUUCGCUGAUGAUGAGGAAGAGACUGAAUGGAGGGGAGGAAGUAGAAGGCGAGGAGCCAGAGGAGGGGAAAGGAAAAGGAAAGAAAACUACUGUCAAGAAGAAAGAGCUCAAGAUCUCUGAUAUGGAUGACUGGAUGGAUUCUGAUGAAGACUCUGGCUCCAACUCUAAUUCUGAAGAGGAAAAACAAGAUAAAGAAGAUAAAAAAGAUAAGAAGGAUAAGAAGGGCCCAAAGAAAGGUGCUCCGGCUAAAAAGAAGAAAAAGAAAGCAUCGGACGACGAAGCGUUUGAAGAGAGUGAUGAUGGUGACGAGGAAGGGCGAGAGGUGGACUACAUAUCUGAUUCCUCAGAGAGCGAGUCUGAUCACGAGGGCAAAGUCAACAAGCAGAUGCAGGGUGUGGCCGAGGAAGAUGCCCUCCGGAAGUUGCUCUCGUCCGGUGAAGAGGACGAAGAUGAAGAAAAGAAAGAGGAAGCUGAUAAAGAAAGCGAGACAGAGGACAAGGAAAAAGUCAAAGCAGAUGCUGACAAAGCAAUGGAUAAGGAGAAGAAGAGUGGUGUCAGUAGUGGAAAGAAAUCAAAGAAGAAGAAAAAGUUAGCAACUAAAGUGAAGAAAGAGGAAGGAAAUGACACUUCUAGUGACUUCAGUUCUGACAGUUCUGACUCCGACAGUGAUGGUAAAAAGAAGCAACCCAAGGAUCCUGUGAAAGGUUCUAAGGAGGCGAACAGUGCUGGCAGUUCUCGGUCUGGCACCCCGACCAAAGAUGUUCUCGGAGGGACCACUGGAGCCCCAGAGAAGAGGAAGAUAUCUGCCAUCCUCGAGCUGAACGCCAUCAAGAGGGCUCGUCUUGACAAUUUUGCAUCAGCGACACUUGCCCCAUACAUUGGGGACUCUCGUAUCACCGAAGAUGCAGUGAGACGAUAUUUGAUGCGUAAACCCAUGACCACGACUGAGUUGCUGCAGAAGUUCAAGUCCAAGAAGACAGGCUUGACUUCGGACCAGUUGGUGAACAUAAUGACUCAGAUACUGAAGCGGAUCAACCCUGUCAAGCAGAUGAUAAAAGACAAAAUGUACCUGUCCAUUAAGGCUUAGAUGGGUAUGUUAGUGUGUUGUCACCUUAAGUAAACCAGACGAGGUUUAUUGUACUGUGUACACCAGGCCUGUUCAAACUGAAUUGGUGAUAGUUUUGUGCCUGUGAUAUUGUUUGUGAACAUUCUUGAACUGAAAUAUGGUGAUUGCACAUAUUUUAUAAUAAUUAACUUCAUAUUUAUGCAUUACCAUUGUUUAGGGUUUAUAUUUAAUUAACAUAUACUAUACAUUUGCCAAUAUGUAUCUUUAGUUUUUAAGAAAGCAAAUGGCAGCAUUUGCAUUUCUGAAGUACUCUUUGUGAUAAUAGUGAACACAUAUUUGACUUGAACAGUUUUCUUGAUUUUUUUUUAUGUGUACUUACCUUACUAAAUUCUUUUUCACCUUAAGACAUAGAAAUAUUAAAUGACCAAUGCUGUAAGUUAUUUAUUGAGGAGAUCAAGUUCAUUGAGAAAUAUGAAAAUUUUAGCUCUAAGUGUUCUGAAAAGAACUAUAUAAUAAUAUAGUACUAUAAAUAAUGGAUUUAAUGCAGGUUUUCUCUGAACCCUCCAGUCAUAGUGUUAUGUGGAAAGUAUGUCGCACAAAAUUAAAAAAGGCUGAAGUUCUUCAGCUAGCAGUUAUUUUUUGUUUUUGCUGUAUAGGCACAGGUGUUUCUCCUGAAGGAUUGAGUGUGUCUUGCUACUGACUGUGACAAGGGCUUAACAGAUAAGAGCUGUAUGAUCUGGUGCUGCAAGUGAGGUUCUAUGACAGGUUAUCAGCACUGCUUGGUGGUUACACUCUUAAUUCUGUGAUCACAAGCUUUUUUUUUUUUUUUUUUCAUACUAGUUAGAUUUUGGAUCUUUCUCUGCUUUUUAAUCACUGACUGAGCAGGUUUUAGGAGCACACACUUGACUUACUGUUUUGCUGGAAUCUCGAAAAUAAAUAUUCAACUAUUUACUCUUUUAAGAAAUUGUCAAACCAAAAGUAGUUUUCAUGAGGAUGCAGUGAAUCUUACAGUCAUAGAAAAAUUAUAAUGGAAACAUUUCAAAAUAAUGUAGAUGGCAUUAAAUUUUUAAAACGAUUUUAUUCAACAACUAUAAUGGCCCUAAUAAAUUUAUAAAUUUUUUUAAAGAUAGAGUUGCUAAAAUGUUUAAGCACAAUGUUUUCUGUUUAUAUUAAUAUGUAUAACUUUAAUUUAUAACAUUUUAAUGUAUAAAUUAGUUUUUGGUUUAUUCUUUACAUGUGCAAAACACAACUUAAUUAUCUAGAGAUAGGAAUAAAUAUAUACACACAACUAUGCAAAAGGUAAAAUUACUUAACCAAAAAAACUGAAACACUUUAAUAGAGUUUUUUACUUCCUUAAAUUAUUUUGGUUUUCCUGCUUUUCAACAGAAUUAACCAAUUUAAAUUAUGUGUUCCAACAUGAAUUACUAAAUAAUUUAGUUAACAUCAGCAUAUCACUUUCCUUUACAUAUAAGCUUGUGACAUAAUCAAACCUCAUACAUAUUUGUUAUUACAACAAACAGAAUUUCUUCUAGUAAACUUAUUUUCAGCUUUUUUGAUUAAUCAUGGCCAUGGGCUCCAGAAUGCAGGCAGUAGUAAUAAAAUGGAAUAUAUUUUCUUACUGUAAAUAAAUAUUUUAGGAUUUUCAAAUUACUGUUGGUGUAAUUUUGCAGAAUGUAACAAAAAUAAUUAAUUUGAAUUUUGCAUCAGACCUGGAUAAAAUUAACCAUUUUCACACAGUGACAGUAAAUUACCGUCAAAAUGGUAAAACAAUAUUUAGAAAUUAAAUUACUGCAAAGUAAAUAAUUUUUUUUUUUACAUUUAAGUGGUGAACCAGUUGUUGCUUGCACAUGGGUAAUUAUGAGUGCAAAUAUGAGUGAAAAAUAAACUCAUUAAAAUGCUGAAAUGCAGCCAUAGGGAGGGAUAACUAUAGCAGGUUAGUGAGGCCUGAGGCAAUAAUCCUGGAAGUGCCCCCCCCCCCCCCCCCCCCUAUUUCCCCCUCUCUCUUUCUCCAUUUAAGGCUGUCCAAAACAGGCAAGGCAUUGCUGUGAGGUUAGUAUACAUGACAAGAGAAUAAUUAUGGCAAUCUAACAUGCACAGUUUCACUAAUGUGAAGAAAGGUUAUAAUAAAUUGUGACAUUUUAAUAAAUAUUGUUUACUUAAAAUUGUACAGCAUUUUAAAACAGUAUGUAUAUUGAAUGUAGCAUGUAAGAGCUAUUUUGGUGCCUGACUGAAUAAUUUUUUUUACUUAAUAUGAGCUUUAUGUGAAAAAAAUUCCAGUAGGGAUGGUAGGCAGAGGUGCUUCAUCCAACAUUAUGUUUUGUGUAUUCAGUUACUAGUUUUGACAUGCUUAUUAUUUUUUUUUAUAAAAUCAGCAAGAAUUCUGUGACAAUGUGUACAUUUCCCUAACCAGAAGGGUAAAAGUAAAGAAAAGUGUGAAUUUAA